AUGUCGAGCCUUUUGUCACAGUUCCAGUAUCAACCACAACAAGUUGCCGCUGUUCAAAACAAGUUCGCUUCCAUCAGACCUCCACAGGAAUUCUUGGAUUACAGAAGAUUCUCCAAGCCACAAAAUUUUGGCGAGAUUCAACAAAGAGUUGGAUAUAACCUCCCAUACUUCCAAGCUAACUACAUUGCAAUUGUGUUAUUGCUCUCGGUGUAUGCGCUUGUGACCAACGCCCUGCUUCUGUUUGUUCUUGGAUUUACCGGGUUUGGUAUUUAUUUGAUUUCCAAGCUCAAGGGUGCCGACCUCGACCUUCCUGUUGGAAAGCUCACCAGUUCCCAACUUUACACCGGACUGGCCAUUAUUGCCAUUCCGCUCGGCUUUUUGGCCUCUCCAAUUAGCACCAUGAUGUGGCUCAUCGGUACUUCUGCAGUUACUGUGUUCUCCCACGCCAGUUUGAUGGAGAAACCUAUCGAGACUGUGUUUGAGGAGUCGGUUUAA